UCAAAAACACGUUUGUGAGUGUUUUGAGCAUAGAGAUGGAAAAAAAAUGUUUCAUACGAACUCCUUGCCCAUAGAGGGCGGUAAUGUCUCUAAACCGGAUGUGAAAGUAGCCAAUCUCUUCCGGUUUGGUUACGGCGCUUUGUUUAGGUAUUGUUAGGUUAAGCGGUGGUUAAGAUUUGCAUGUUUUUGUUGAAAUAUUCUUUAGGAGAGUAUAUCGAUGGAUAUCUUCAUAACACCGUAGUCCAACUUCCAACAAGUCGUAAGGAGUACAUGAUGAAUGGUAGCUCUAACCAGAAGAGAGUCUCCCAUCUGGACCAAGCAGAACCUCCACAGAUCAAAGAGGAGCCAGAGGAACUGUGCAUUAAUCAGGAAGGAGAGCAGCUGGUCCUGAAUCAGGAUCCUGGCGAGAAUCUGGAGUUCCAGAUUGAUAAGUUCAAUCAUCACCAUCCUCAGAGGAACAUCAUCAGGAUUCCCGUUGUAACACUACAAAGUACAGAUCUCUCACAGAACCACAUUUGUGAAGAGGAGACUGAUGCUGAGCACCUUCUCUGGAAAAAGGAGAGGAACUCCAGUCCGGAUGAAGAGGAACCAGGGCUUCCAGAGAUCAAAGAGGAGUGGGAGGAGGUCUGCAUCAGUGAGGAAGAAGAGCAGCUUGAACUGAAGCACGAGAAUGGUGCCUUUAUGGUCAAUGAGCAUGAUCAGGAAAGGAUGGAAUCCAAACCAGAACCAAGUGAGAGUCCAGUUCUUGAAGAAAACACUGAAAUCACUGUCCAGCUAGACAACCCAUUAGAUGAAAGCUCCAAUUCCUGUGAUUCAAGUUUCUUUCAAAGGAACCAUUUGAAAGUCCACAUGAGUAUCGUACACACAGGUGAAAAGCCUUUUACUUGUGAAGUAUGUGAAAAGAGUUUCACUACAAGUAGUAACUUAAAAGCCCACAUGAGAACUCACACAGGUGAGAAGCCUUUUAUUUGCAAAGUAUGUCAAAAAAGUUUCCUUACAAAUACUGAAAUAAAAAUCCACCUGAGAACUCACACAGGUGAAAGACCUUUUUCAUGUGAAUUAUGUGACAGAACUUUUACUACAAGUAGUCAUUUAAAUGUCCAUCUGCGAAGUCACACAGGUGAGAGGCCUUUUUUAUGUGAAGUAUGUCAAAAGAGUUUCCUCACCAGUGUUGAAUUAAAAGUCCACCUGAGAACUCACACAGGUGAAAGACCUUUUUCGUGUAAAGUAUGUGAAAAAAGCUUUACUACAAGUAGUACCUUGAAUGUCCACAUGAGAACUCACACAGAUGAGAGGCCUUUUUCUUGUAUAGUAUGUGGAAAAGGUUUUAUUCAAAGUAGUCACUUAAAAGCCCACAUGAUAACUCAUACAGGUGAGAGGCCUUUUUCUUGUAAAGUAUGUGACAAAGGUUUCUCUAGAAGCAGUUCUUUAAGAGUGCACAUGAAAAAAACCUCUCACUGGUGAAAUGAACCAGUUUCUGCUUGUAAAGUAUGUGGAAAAUGUUUUAUUUAAAAUUGUCUUUUAAAAGUCAUCCAGAUGAAAACCCCUUUUCAUGUGAAAUUUGCAACAAAACUUUCAUCAAUGCAAAAAGUUAGAGCUGUUACAUGAGAAUACUCGUGUAAAACAUUUGGAAUUAGUUUUUUGUAUCUUCUUCAUUAGCUGUUCACAUAAGUAUUUACACAAGUGAAAAUGAUUCUUCUUUUUUAUAAAUGACUGCAUAACUUCUAAUAUCGUCCUAUUAUUGACACCCAUUUCCAACCAAUGACAAAUAUGAAAAUAUGUCACAACAAAUAGAAACACCUGUCCCCUCAAGCGCCAGUCUAUAGCAAUCGUAAAUCUCCAAUGACCUAGCAAACAGAGGAUCGAGCAGAACAUGAAAAUGCCAUUGUUGACCUUAAUCGUUUCCUUAGACCAGGAAAGAAGAGGCCUGAAUUAUGGCACAAUGAUUUAUUCUGUGCCCUGCUGCCGUAAAUAUGGUACCAUGCCAUAUUUUACUGUCAACAGAACCCCGUUUACUCAUCACAAGGCAAAUAAUAGCUCGUCUCCCACAACUUGCAUUUAUCAAUUAUGUUUUGGUUUUUUUUUUUUCGUUUUUAUUUCCAUCACUUCCUCAGCUGGGUCCUCUCUCUCUGGGUUGGCUGCAGCGGCUCUAACACCAGCAUUGCAACCUUGCUGUGGUGUUGCUGGGUCCCCAUCUUCGAUGCUGCACCUGGCUGACUUCAGCCGUCCACAGAGAGGGAGGUCCCGACAAUCAGUCAGCAUUUCCAUCAACAAACUUUCCCAUGCUCAGUCUCCAUCCCAAUGUUAAUCUCCAUCAGUUAAGGGGUUGGGAGGUGUAAGGUUCUGUGUGGGUCGACGGUGUGAGUGCUAUAUUCAUAUAUUGUUGUGCCUGUUUUUAUAUUAUCCGUUUUGUCUUAGUGUUGAGCACUUUGUGUUAAAUUAUAUAUGAAAAGUGCUAUAUAAAUAAAGAUUGAUUUGAUUUAAACA